UCUUCUAUUAAGUAAAGCCACGCACUUUUAUGUUAAAACUAAAAGUUAAUAAGCUGCAAAAACAUUCAUAUAGAAAGGCAAUAUUGUUAUUAUUUAACACCAGUUUUUUCCGCUGAGCUCCUCCUCUUCUCUGUUUUCACGCUAGUGGGCGAUGAAGAAGUAAAGGGUUGGCUUAUUCAUUCCACUUCACAAUUUGACAGUCACCACCAUCUUUAGGUAACAAAAUAUAAACCCAGUAACAGGGAUGGCAGCAUCUAAAUACAAGCGCUCUCUCAAGAAAAAGCUCAACUCAGAGCUUGCCAUGGUUGUCAGCAGCCUCAGGAAAGAGAACGCCUACCUGAAAAGGACCCUGGCUGAGCUGACCCAUCAGCAGUCGCAGCAUAAUAAGCUUGUGGAGAGAUUCCUCUCUCUUGAAGCCAUAAGGCUCGAGUGUACCCGGGAAUUUAGGACGAAACAUGAGAAAACUGCUUCAUCCUCUGAGCAGCUGUGUAAAAAAGAAAAGAGACCAGUGGAUGCAGUGAGUAGCAUAUCCCGUUACUCCAGAGAGAUUGAGGAAAUCGAGGAGAAGCUUGAGGUCAUCUCAACAAGGUGUCAGUAUGUGGAGAACAAAGUUACAGGGAAGCAGGACUCCACAGCUGAUGAACAGGUUUCCACGAGUAAUGAAGCUGUGGCAGAGGUCCAAAUUCAUCUCAGAGAUGCCUUGGAAAAAAACAAGCAGUGGCUGGAGUAUGACCAGCAGAGAGAGGCCUAUGUGAGGGCAAUUCUGGCCAGAAUGUUAUGGCUGGAGAAGCAGCUGAAUGAAGCCAAUCAGGCCCGUUCACAGCAGCACAAUGAGGACCAUUCAGACGAGAAAGAGAAAAUAAGCCAGAUGCAGGAGCAUUAUGAAAGACUCCUCCAGAAAGCCAAGGAUGAACUGGAGGUACUGAGGGAACGAGUUGAAGUGACCCACCAAAAUCUGAUGAUCACCCAAAAUUGGUGCAAGGAAAGAGAAAGGGAAGUGGAGGAGCUCGAACAGCAGCUGCAAGCUGAAAGGUUGAGCAGAAGCACACAGGAAGUGCAGAAUUGCCCUGAGGAUGAAGAGCAACAACAGAGAGAUGAGAGCAAAGUCCUCCAGGGCGUGCUGGAUGAUGAGAAAAGAAGGUCGGAAAACGCUGAGCUGCAGGCGAAUCUCUUUCAGAGGUUUAUGUUAAAUCGUCACCAUGCAGACCAGGAAAAGAUUGCAGACCUAGAGCGACAGAUCCAGAUUUCUUCACAAGACCUUGAGGAUGAGAGGCAAAAUUGCUCUUAUUUAAAGAAGCAAAUGGUCAAAGUUCUGAAGGCAUUGCAAAAAGGAAAAGGCGAUGUGGCAAAGCGGUUAAAGAGAGAGGAGCCGGAUCAGAGCUCAGGUGAAACGAACCCUCCCCUGUCCCAGUUCUCCAGACCCAGCCUGACGUCCUCGCCUCACAGCAACUUGAUGAAUGAAAGCUUCCUGGAGUGUCCCGUCUGCCAGGCCGAGUAUCCAGUCAGUCACCACCGAGAACUGAUGAACCAUCUAGAAAUCUGUCUAAACUGAGCCUGGAAGCUCUUUAAUUCUGCAUCUUCUUUAAGAUGGAUUGGUUGUUAAAUUCAAGUUAUUUUGAUAAAUUAAAGUGACAAGUUGCUUAAGCUGUGUUUGAAACGAAUCCUCAAAGCUUUGAUUAAACAUAACAGCAAAGAUUUCCCCAGAAAUGUAACUGAGCUUGGAGCAAUCUCUGCUUCAUCCAGCACAGCCAAGCAGCUGCAGCUGCUUACAGCUCUUGGCAGCAUACUGUUGCAGCUGCUUGAAAUCUGUAAUUAGCAAUAAAUGCACUAUGUAAAGGGCUACAUCUUGCCUUCAUUCUAUAGUAUUUACAGAUUGUCUCCCUAAACUGGCCUUGUAUCAUCUGGACUGGACUAGCACACCAGCUGUGCUGGAUGUGGAGGGAUUGCAGGGGAAUAACACCUUGCAUGUUUUUGUACAAAAUAAACAAUUAUUAGAUGGAAAAUUGUUCGAAGUUUGGUUUAAAUACUCUGUAGAGACUGUGCUCCAUGUAAUAAAUCUACUGAUAUUGAU